AUGGUCACAAAAAAUGGAAAUCUUCGACUGCCGCCUCCAGGCGAAUCCGAUAUCCCCGGCCGGCGCAGGGUGCCUCACCCACCGCGGCUAGACUCUUUGAAGAUUGAUCCCCGGGCGUCGCGAACCACAAAACCAGCCCCGAGAUCGUCACCUCGCUCUCUCCACUCUUCGCGUCCUCCCGGUUCGCGUUCCCCCAAGCCUCCAGUAGCGCACCACUCCUCCGAUGAACGCCUCUAUCCAGUGCAGACCCGCCAAUUUCCCUCGCAGGGUUCGAGGGAUGAGUGGAAGCGCAACAGAUCCCCUAGCCGCCCUCCCUACACCACACCCGAUCCUCAUAACCCCAAAUGGCCUUCUCGGGACAGCGAGAUCGAACGGACAAACCAUCGCAGAGCCCCGCCACCCCGAGGCGGGAUGCGCGUCUCCAUGUCGACAUCCAGGUUAAAUAAUUGGCGACCAAGAGGCUACGACUCUCCGGAUCGCCGCCCGCAGGAGCUGACCUCCCACGGCCUCCCGCUACCACGCUUUCCAUCCAAUGGACCGGCAGAUGAAAAUACCCCCCGAUCGAGUGUGAACUCUACCAUGACCUCGCGGUCCAGCAUUGAACAGGCCAGUGGGACAGAGCGCAGCAGUGUUCUGACCAAGAGCAGUUCGAUCAUCGACCUGUCCCCUGAUACCCCCAAUGCACCCUAUGGGAUGGAGGGUGAUAUGAGUGUCGAAGAUGCCAUCUCGAUGUAUCUCGACGGCUUCAGCGAUGUCACCGAAGAGCCCGCAUCGCCUAAGUCCCGCGCUGAUAGCAAGGCGCCAUCGGUGACACCGCCACCCUCUCGAGAUGCUCACGUGGCUGAAAUAUGCCCCCCAGAGGUCACCCCCUUAGACGAUAUUCCGCCUAUACCGCCAUUGCCCGAAUCUACCCUCCCAGAGUCUACAAAGCUAGCGGCCGUUCAAUCAGAUCCGCCAUUAAAGCUCAUUCCGCCAGCGCCCACACAAACAGACAUCCCACCCUCAGAGUCCACGCCACCAGAUCUUGUCCCGACAGGACCCUCAGUGCUAGAAAAUGAACCACCAGAACUAAUGCCAUCACAAACGCCAUUAACCGAUCUUCAGUCCAUGCACCAACGUCAACAGUCGAAAGUUAUUCUCACAGGCCCGGUGCCUCCGCCACUUCUCUCUGGAAUGGACAGUCGAGACAACUACGGGUUUCGCAAGGCCACGCAAUAUGUGACUUUACCGCAGUAUGAAACCUGGAAAGGUCCCUAUUCCAAUUAUGCAGCCCACCGAAGAUUUAAAUGGUAUGAACUGCUCAAAGAGCAUGGGUUGUCUACCACCGACCCCGUCCAGUUUCCUCCGCAGUCGUCUAAAACAAAGCGAUUCGUGCGCAAAGGGAUCCCGUCCGAGUUCCGAGGAGCAGCGUGGUUUUGGUAUGCCGGCGGAUUUAAGCUCUUGACUCGUAACCGCGGUCACUACGAUCAAUUGGUGGAGCGUGCUAUGAACUCGCCAAGCAAUGAUGACAAGGAGCACAUCGAGCGUGAUCUACAUCGUACCUUUCCGGACAAUCUUCACUUCAAGCCCGAGACAGCAGACGCUCCUACUGGAAGCAGUAACCCACAAAAUCAAGACGUGCCUACGGAGACGCAGAUGAUCCGGUCCUUGCGCCGUGUUCUCUACGCCUUUGCACUCCACAAUCCCAAAGUCGGGUAUACGCAGUCGCUUAAUUUCAUCACUGGCAUGCUCCUUCUUUUCCUUCCAGAAGAAAAGGCAUUUUGGAUGCUGCAUAUUGUCACAUCGGUCUACUUGCCUGGAACGCAUGAGAUCAGUUUGGAAGGGGCCAACAUCGACCUGUGGGUGCUCAUGGUGCUGCUCAAAGACUCCAUGCCCAAUAUCUACGCCAAAAUCGCGAGCAUGGGGGACUCUCCGGCUGGUCGCAACAAGACCCCGGCGCUCGGCGUGCACUCCCGCCUACCCGAUAUCACUUUGGGACUGACCAACUGGCUCAUGUCGGUGUUUAUUGGCACAUUGCCCCUGGAAACCACUUUGCGAGUAUGGGACGUCUUUUUCUACGAGGGAUCCAAAACAUUUUUUCGUGUCUCGCUCGGAAUUUUCAAGGCGUGCGAGCGUGAAAUCUUGAAAGUGUCGGAUCCCAUGGAAGUCUUCCAGGUGGUCCAGACGAUUCCCAAGAAAUUGUUGGAUGCCAAUAGUCUGCUCGACGAGUGUUUUGUGCGACGGCACCGAGUGGGUCAGGGUCGGAUCGACGAGCUCAGAGCGUCGCGUGGGGCCGCUGUUCGCCAGGAAAAAUUGCGUCGGUCGGUGGCCUUCAGCAAGGGCGAGAUCAAACCUGCGACCGACGAUUUCCCGGUCCGUCGACGCACUCCGAUCCCAGGGAUCGAGCAUCGUGUGGUGGACUCCUGGCGUCAACUCAAGCAGCACGCGUUUCGCGAUCGAUGA